AUGUCGAGGUUCAGUUCCAAACAUGGACCUUCUGGCUAUGUCGCCAUUCUCCUCGUACUAUAUUGUGUAAUCGGAAUGCUGUACCAAAGGGCAAUGAGGAAGCGCUCUUGGUAUGAUUCAAUCCCGCACAUAACAUUGUUGGAUCGUGUGACUGCGGGCUUUACGAACGGUUUGAGACGCUUGCGACUUCGUCGUUCCGCCCACCUACGGACGCAAUACAUUCGUGUCCCGCCUACGCCUGACACUCCUGCCGGUCGAAACGGCGAUUUGAAACCUAAUGAGGCCGCUUCUAUUGUACUAUCACCCCCGCUUGUCAGCGAUGAUGAUCCGCAAGAUGACCUUAUUUUAGCCCUCUGAUUGUCAUUAACCUGAUCUAUCAGCAGAGGGCAGAGCCUCUCACACAUCUACAUUUGGCAUUUCGAACAAUCUUCUUUUGCGAAUCGUUUCACUUGGUAGUCAUUCAAAACGGCUGUGCUCUUCAUCGCCAUCUACCCUGACAAACCGUUGCAUUUUCGUGCUUUUUCUCUAUGUUGCAACUGCAUCAUUCCCCAAAGCAUUUAUUGAUUCGUCCAAAAUCUGUGAACUCAUCCAUUAUGCCACCAGAUUCGAAUCUUAUUCAUACAAAACUUCCAACUACUUUACUUUUCGUUGUGAAGAUUUUGCUGCUUCGUUUCAGUGUAAUUGGCGCCGCUGCAGUUUAAUGAUAGCUCCACCCGUG